GCGAUGCUUUCUUUGACAGCGAGCAACUUUGUCAUCGCCAGCCGAUUUCUCCAGCACGUGACCUUGUCGGGCGUGAUCAUGGGCGUCCUUUGGGGUUCUUAUUUUGAUUUUGCAACUUCGCUCUUCGUGUAUGCUACAUGUGUUCUGACGGCGCAGGGCCAUGUGGUCAUUACCGCUCCCCGUGUGAAGUGCUUUGUGAUUGCCAACUACAUUGCUGCUAUUCCACUUUCGCUCUCACGUUAUCCGGUUGACGGUGAAGGGAUGGUGGUUCGACAGCUGUGUCUGGCAUGGCAGUUUGUACUGGUGGGCCUCUACAUGCACAGCAGACUGCACAUCGCGGCUCAGGUGGCUCUGUUGCUUGCAGAGAUCGUCUGCGGUCCUCCAGCGCUGGCACUGAGCCAAGCUGGCACAGCUGUUGCGGUAAGCGCUCUGAGUGUGACUCUUGAGCAAUCCUUGCGGCAGAGUUUCGCAUUGCAAUUGCGGUCAAAGGGUCUGAAGUCUGAUGCCCUUGGAGGCAUCCAGCUCAUGGAUCACGCAACAGAGAUGGUUCUCCAAGUUGAUGCCUCGACAUCACAGCAGAAUGUGAGACAACUGCACUUGAAUUUCCUAAGCUCAGAUGCCGCAGGGGCCGCUGACGGCAUGCUGAGCUUAAGAAAACUUGUCCGACCAACUGACUGGGAGUCUGUACGGGCGUGUGUCUCCAGCUAUGCAGAGGCAGCGCACCAGCAGAACGUGGAACCACUGCGUCUGCCUUCCUUCCAGAUUAGGUCCUUGGGCCAUCCACGCAGGUACAUUCUGCCAGAGGACGCCCGGCUUCAUAUCUCUACGUCCACCAGCCAGCGAGGGAGGCAGCUUCGCCGCCUCUGGUUGUCCUUGCAGCUACCAAAGGCUCGGGCGGCUAGGGAACCUCCCAAGGAUGAAGCCAGGCUGCCAAGCAUUGCAGAGAUGGAGUGA